AGUUGCAGCAGCAACGGCAGCAGAGGAAUAUAUAUUUAUUCCACCUUUAAUUUCACAAAAUUUUGUUUUAAUUCGUUGAAAAACGUGUGAAAUUCGAUGUGAAAAAAGGUUAAAUCAAUUUGUAUAAUUUGCUAUUUAUUGAAAAUAGACUAGGAGAGCGCAAAUUGUGAAUUAGCGAAAAGCCAUUGUGGAAAAUUUGCAGUUGGAAGCAGCAAAGCAGCCACGGUUGGGUCAGCAAGCCUAAAAAGAGGGCGACAAUACGAUCAUUCAUUGCCACCAAUUUGGAGUUGUUUGCACCAUAAACAGUGGAAAAGAAAACAAAAAUAAAAAUAAUAUAAUAUUUACAGAUGGAUUAUUCAUGAAUAAAGAAAAGCAAGGCGGAGCAGUAGCAGAGCAACAGCAGCACGGGCAGCGUAGAAGCGGACAAAAGACGAAAAGAAAAAGUGACUGAAAUUAGUCAAAAAGGUCGAUAGACAAAUUGCUGUGCUUUUUGAAGCUUUAAUCGCAGCAUAAAAUAGAAAUUCGGCAAAUUUCGUGACUGGAUUAAGACUGUUAAAAGAUCAGGAGCGUACAACUUUGUGCACCAAAAUCUACAGGUCGCUGUCAGCCAGAAAUGUCCAAUGGUGACGAGGUUCUAGACAAUUGGGAAGAAAUUGAUGAAGUUGGCUUAACAAACACACUGCAGAAGAUACAACAGAAGCAACGGGAUACACAGCAGAAAACUGAUAGUGCCAAACUGUGCUCAAAUUUGCCAACAACUUCGGAAAACACACCUGCAUCUUUAUUAGCUGUGUACCCACAAACCACUAAACUAACUUCCACAGUUGAUCCCGACCAAUUUACGCUCUCCAAAGCUGAUUUUCCAACAUCUGCUGUCGCCGCAACCGUUCCGAUGAAAUUGCUACAGCGCAACGCAUGUACAAGUAAUACCACAGGUGGUAAUGCAUCAGUAACAACAGCUGGCACAUCAGCCGAUGCGGAUUUGAAAUCGCCGCUCGAAGAUAUGGCAGCCUCAUUUCAGCCGGUAAUGAUGUUGCUACACAAACCGGCAGAUGAGUACCAGUCUACAACAUAUGCAGCACCAACUAAUUUGCAGACUGUGAAAAUUUUGCGUCGCCCCACCCAAUCGAUGGAGCCGCGUAACAACGGCAUAAAACCGCGUCAACCUAUCAAAACGUUGCAACAGCGCGAACAGGAAUAUGCCGAGGCACGUUUGCGCAUUCUGGGAUCUGCGAAAAAUCCCGAAGACGAAGCGGGGGGGGCAAAUACUUCGAAUAGUACAGCGGCAACAACAACCGCCAUCGUCAACGCAACUGCCAGCACAAACAAUUCGUACAAGGGUAACGCAACUUCCCCCAAGGGGAAUCAGUCUGGUGGCAAUAAUGGCGGCGGCGGCGGUGGCAAUGGUUCGCCUCUAAACUUGUACAAUAACUAUUACAAUCAGCAGCAACAACAGCAGCAGCAAGCUAAUUAUUAUUACAUGCAGCAGCAAAAACAACAUCAGCAACAACAGCAGAUACCACCCGCUUAUAACACUCGUUCAAUGUCAGCGCUGCUGCCACUUCCGCUACCGACUACGCUACAACACCAGCACCAGCAGCAACAACCAAAGGUGCAGCCGCAGACGCAACAUCAAACAUGGUCGCCUGUGGUCGGCGGCAGCGUAUCGUCUACGGCCCUGAGGCAGCAGCAGCAGGAAAGUAUUUUACGUUUGCCACGCGGACCUGAUGGCUCGACCGGCUUUCAGAUGCGUCGGUAACGCGGUUAAAUCACACGCAUUUGAAACACUCAAACGUCGCCGUCAUCGCCAAAAUAUUUUGUUGCGUCUGUAUGUUCAAUUCCGAUUUUUAAUUGUCUAAUACGUAUACUUUGCUCGUUUAUUUCUACCCUUCUUUUGUACUACCCCAACAAUAUCCUUUCGCAUAAUUAGUCGGACUGUCGUCCACAAAUUCCAAUUGGGAAAAUAACUAAGAAAUAACAACACUGGCUCUUUACCUUUAUAGAUUCUUCCAGCAAUUUUAAAUUUUUUUCUCAGUUCAAAAUUCAAAACAAUCUGUAUAAACUACUAUAACUGAAAGAUAUUCUAAUCAUAUGUUUAAAAAUAUUUUUUUUUUAUAUACACACAAUACAUAAGUAUGUAUGUACGUGCUUAUCAUUUAUAAUUUUAAAAGCGUCGAAAACGAAAGAUAUUCGUUGGGUUUUUUGUUCAUUAAAGGAAAGAAAAAUUGUGCAACAAAAUUGCAUGAACGAUUCUUAUUAACGCAACUUAAAAGUAUAAAAAAUAAAUUGUAACAGAAAACGGUUAUGUAA